AUGAGCCACCGUAAGUACGCUUCCAUGACGACCACCAGUGCUGAAAUCAGAUUCUCUAUUCUAGUAACGAUCAUGCUGUCACAGUUUCCCCCUUCCGUCUCCAUGUUUUUCAAAACAGAAAUAAAUUGUUCGGCCCUGUGUAGAUGCCAAGACAGUGCGUUGGAAAAUACAAUGAAACAGUACACACUCAAGCAUUUUCUUGUCAUGGGUGGGAAGUACAGGCCAGAACUAAAUUAUUUUGAUGCAAGAUCAGAGUACAUGAUGUUCCUAGGCACACUGGCCCCAAUGUUGCACCGGAUUGUGGUCAUAACUUGCGAUCUGUCUGAUGGUUUGUCGCACUCGAUUUUGUCCCUGCUCAAUGGCGUUGACUCGCAAAUGGACACUUCCCUAGAGGUGAAAUGCCACCACGGAGAGGUUUUGAUCUGGGAUGCUCCGUCUUGGCAUACGUCUUUUAACAUAUUUGCCAGCGAUCAUUGUACUGUUAUUAGCCAGGAUAAACAGAAACCCAUAAUUAUUCCUAUGAAUAUGUGGAUCAUGGACAUAGAGAAAGGUGGGCCAAAUCUGGUAGAUAUAAUUGAUAUUAGAUACAUCAUGAAUACGGUAACGUUGUCCUUGAAAGGAGCUCGUGCACAGAGCACCCCAAAACGCUGGACAGGAAAGUUUUUGGUGUCAACGUCGGUUAUCAGCCUUCAAGACAACGCCAUCGAGACUUUUGACUGUCCAAUGCAGUUGACGAAGCGAUUGGAUACCUUGAAUCUUGAUGGUAACAAACUGACCCAUGUUCCAGAGUGUGUGCUGAAUUCACAACGCAUCAGAUUAAAUUACCUGUCGCUGGCAAGGAAUCUGAUCACAGAACUGAUAUUGCUGUACGACAUCCCUGAUCACCAAAACAUACCCGAUAUUAGAAUUAUAAACCUCAGCUUCAACCAGAUCCGUAGCGUUGAGACGCUUCGAGACUUGGGCAAUCUCACAGUCCUUGAUCUCAGCCACAACGGCAUCAAGGAUAUCUCGGUAGAGGCAUUUGAGCAUUUGAAGAACUUGCAAGUGUUGUAUCUAAACGACAAUAAAAUAUAUAGCUUAGGACUUGGCGUGUUCAACAAGAACCUCAAAUUAAGGCAUAUCGAUCUUAACAACAAUUUUUUGGUCUCUUUUACGCCUGACGAACUGCCAAGGAUAUUACGUCCGAUUACUCUAGACUUAUCCCACAACAGGCUGACACAGCCACCGUUCAAAGAUUGCCUGACAUCCGUGCAGGGAUAUUUGAACGUAAACUUGCUUUCUGCGGAGAACCCAUACUUUUGUGACUGCAACAUGCUGGAUUUUGAACAAUGCCACCGAUGGGCAGAAAACAGUGGGGUAAACAAAUCACGCAAGCUGGUCUUCAUAGACCUUGACAACCUCAAGUGUACUGGCCCGCCCGAAUUCCGAGGCGUGAACCUCAAUCAACUAUACUUUCACAAUAGAUGCCUUAUCAUUGACGAGUGCCCGCCGAUGUGUUCGUGCGAAUUUCUCAACGUCAAACAUGUUAUAGUUAACUGCUCUUCCAAGCGAUUGAUGGAGAUGCCAGACAGUCUCCCGAUUAUUCCCAACGUAACUAUAGCUUUGUACAUGGAUCAUAACCCAUUACAAAUACUCAGUCAUCGAUCGUAUCUUCGAAACCUCACAGAACUCUACGCGGACAACUGUUUGCUUACAUCCAUCACCCCCGCAGCUAUGGCGGGGCUGCAAAAUAUUCGAAUCAUGACCCUUCACAACAACAUGCUCCAGAAGCUACCAUCCAGCACUAGAAACAUCAUACUGAACCACGUCACGAACCUCACCCUCCACAAUAACCGCUGGGCGUGCUCUUGCCACAGCCUCUGGUUGCCCCUGUGGAUCAGCAAGCAUAAAUCCUCCCUCUGGAUGCCAGGCAACAUUGUGUGCAACUAUUUGAAAAAACCUCUGGAGGAACUCAACGAAAUGGACUUGAACUGCAACCCUACUUCUUACGUGGACACAUUUCUAGCUAUCAGCCUGGCUUUGUCAUCUGUUGUGUCCACCUUGGUCAUCGUCAUCUGUUACCGGUCGGAGAUCAACGUUCUAUUGUACUCCAAACUAGGACUCCGGCUUGGCUACAGCUUUUCGUAUGGUGACUUUUUCAAUCCAUACGACGCGUUUAUCUCCUACAGCCAAGAUAACUAUCGCUGGGUUGUUGAUACUCUGGUCCCACACCUAGAAAACGGACCCAAGAAGUAUCGACUGUGUCUUCAUUACCGAGAUUUUCCUCCAGGGGAGUCGGUCAUUGAUAAUUUACCAUGGGCAAUCCGGCUAAGUCGAUGCGCUGUUCUAGUACUCAGCAAGGACUUUCUGAAGAAAGAAUGGUGCAUCAUGGAGGUCAGGACAGCAUUUCAGCGUCUGCUUCUGGUGGCUAACCGGCUCAUCAUCAUCGCCACAGACGACAUCAACAUCGAUGAGCUCUCGCCCGACCUCCGAGCCUACAUGAACACGCACGAGUACCUGCGAGUCGGCGAGCCGUGUUUUUGGGAUAAGCUGGAGAUGUUUCUUCCUCCAAGAGCCAGUUACAAGGAACCGACUACAUUGUCUGCCUCUCUCCGACAGUCGGCGGGGGACAGUUUAUUCCAGCAGACGCCGGACAAGUUUGAAGAGACAGGGAUAUCAGAGUUAUCAGAAUUGUCGUGUCGGCCUGCAGAACUGCAAGAUCACGACAUCUAA